GGCCACACUAACCUUAUAGUUCACGCGAGUCUGUCGCCAUGUUUGGUUAUUUUAUUUGUUUUUAAAGCGGAGUAACACCAGAUAUUCUGAAGCGCUCAUAGUUGAAUGUGUCGUGGAAUUUUGUUUGAAUGAAUACAAUACAAGGAACGUGCUCGCACUAUAUUGCCGUACACUAUUUUUUUUGCCAGUGCAGUUGCAUCCAGUGAGAAAAUCAACAACAACAACAAUUGUUCCAUUUGCAGAAAAAUAGCCAACAAAUUCGACAGCAAAACAACAGCGACAGCAACAGCAGCCGCGGCACCAAUACCAACCACAACAACAACUGUAACUGUAAAACGCCGCAUCGCAACGCAACAGAGCAAAAAGCGCUGAAAAGUGUUACACAAAGUGAAAUUGCCUUUUGCGGCACACACAAAAAAUUAAGUACACGGCACAGCAACAACAUCAAAACAACAAACAACAUUUUGUGCGUGUGCGUUUACUUUCGAGAGCUGUUGUAGUGGAGCGGCGAACACUUCCAAUUGGAGUUCACUGCUGACUGCAUCUAGAGAAGGACAACAACAAAAAUACAAAUAAAAACAAAAAAAUGGGCGAUUUUGAUUUAAAUGUGGACAGCCUCAUACAGCGGUUGCUGGAAAAUUUCAAAAAACAAAAAGAGGCCGAGGAGCAUGCACAGAAGCUGCUCAUCGCUCAGCAAUUGGCGGCUGCUGGCGGCGGCAGUGGCAGUGGCGUCUCAGCGUCCAGUUCGGCUGCCUGUUUAGUGGGCGGCAGUAACAGCAGCAGCUGCAGUGGCGCCACCGCCGCAUCAGCAGCAGCAAUGGCAGCAAACGAUCCGCUGGACGAGCUCACCGAUCAGCAGCGCCGCAUGCUGCAGCAGUACUCGAUAUCGCCGCCCAGCGAGACAAUGAUAUCGGCCGAUGGCGAUCAGAUAACGGUGCAUCAUCCGCGCGAGGAGCCCAAGAAAUCCAGAUUGAAAUUGCGCGACUUCUUCGUCGCCGAAUUUGUGCGCAGCUGCCGCACCGGCAAACAGGUGCAGAUGACGGAGGCGGAGGUGCGCGGGUUGUGCUUGAAGUCGCGCGAGAUAUUCCUGCAGCAGCCGAUACUGCUGGAGUUGGAGGCGCCACUCAUCAUCUGCGGCGACAUACACGGCCAGUACACAGAUCUGUUGCGGCUGUUCGAGUAUGGCGGCUUUCCACCGACUGCCAACUAUCUGUUCCUCGGCGACUACGUGGACCGGGGCAAGCAGUCCUUGGAGACGAUCUGUUUGCUCUUGGCCUACAAGAUCAAAUAUCCCGAGAAUUUCUUCUUGUUGCGCGGCAAUCACGAGUGCGCCAGUAUUAAUAGAAUUUACGGCUUUUACGACGAGUGCAAGCGUCGCUAUAAUGUCAAACUAUGGAAAACGUUCACAGACUGUUUCAACUGUCUGCCGGUGGCUGCGAUCAUAGACGAGAAGAUCUUUUGCUGCCACGGCGGCCUCAGUCCCGAUCUGCAGGGCAUGGAGCAGAUUCGUCGCCUGAUGCGACCCACAGAUGUGCCCGAUACUGGGCUGCUCUGCGACCUGCUCUGGAGCGAUCCUGACAAGGAUGUCCAGGGCUGGGGCGAAAACGAUCGUGGCGUUAGCUUCACCUUCGGCGUUGAUGUGGUCUCGAAAUUCUUGAAUCGACACGAGCUGGACUUGAUCUGUCGUGCGCAUCAGGUCGUUGAGGACGGCUACGAGUUCUUUGCGCGCCGUCAGCUGGUCACACUGUUCUCGGCGCCCAACUACUGCGGCGAAUUCGACAAUGCUGGCGGCAUGAUGACCGUGGACGAUACGCUCAUGUGCUCAUUCCAGAUAUUGAAGCCAUCCGAGAAGAAGGCCAAGUACUUGUACAGCGGCAUGAACUCAUCCCGGCCAACAACACCGCAGCGCAGCGCCCCAAUGUUGGCGACCAACAAGAAGAAAUAAUAUAUCCAUCCGCUUCCAUUUCCUUAAAACCUCAACAAACAGCAGCAGCAGCAGCGGCAGCAGCAGCAAAAACAAUUAAUAACA